AUGUGCAGGCUCGUGGAAGAACCGCUCGGUCCCGGUACCCUGCACGGCGGUCUGUUAGAUGGAAGACGCGAGUGGCCGGAGAUCGUGCAAGUCCUCGCGUGCGAUCCGGACUCCUUCGAGCCCCUGGACCUGACGGAGGGAGUCUACGAGAGCGAGGCGGGCAGCGAGACCCGGGUGAUGAUGACCUACGACGACGGCGAGUGGGACGGGGCGCCGCGACGGGGCAUCGGACGACGCGACGCAAACAUCGCAAACAUCGCCCCGCUCCCGGGGGAAACCUGGCUCGGCUGCUGGGCCGCGACGUGCGCGUUCGUCGCGGCGGGCACGAACGCAACGCUGGGCGCGUGCCGAACCGAUCGACCGAAGCACACGCUCGCGCCGUUGCCGGAGAAGGGGUACCCGGGCCUCGUCGCGCCCAUCUGCCUGCAGAGGCGAAGGCGACAGCUGCUGUGGCUCAUGUUCGGGGGCGCGGGCGCGAGCGACGUCGACGAGAGAGCGCAAAUCGGCAUCGGCAUCGUGUGCGUGUACGCCACGUUGAACUACGUCAGGUACCUUCGUUCGCUCGGUGCGAGGACGCGCGUGUUCGAAGCCGCGAGGGCGCGGGCGAUGGCGACGGCGGGCAGGCUGGCGUCGAUUGGCCGAUGGGAACUCGCCGUCGCGUUGACUCGAGCGGCUGUCCCGGAGAUGGAAAGCGAUCCGCCAAACGCGCCGAAAGCCGUCCAAGAGAUCAACCGCCCUCGAAGGUUCAGAUGGAGCGUGCCGAAUGCCAACAAUAUACGCUCUUUCCUCAGGAUGUCCUUAUCCUCGCGGCAAUGGUGUCGUCUGUGCCUGCUCGAUUCUUCGUUCCCCCACACGAAGAGUGAGGACCCGUCGGUGGUCCGGCACGUGGAGAGCAACAUCGCCGUCUCUGAUUGGUUCAUCGAUCAGGUAUACGCAGGGACGGUCGUGCGCCCGGACAACCUGCAAGACAUCGAACGUCUCUCGCUGUCGGUCAUACUCACGAGUCAAGCCAUCCGCGAGAUGUACACCGUCGUCUGCAAGGAUGGCAAACGGGUGCUCUCGCUCGAGGAGGCGGUGACGCGAGAUCUGGCGCGAACAGCCGGAGGGUUAAGUGUCCAAGGGAACUAUCCAUCCGCGCUCGCCAGGUUGGCUGCCGCGAUGCAAGCACGCGCUCGAGCCCUGGGCAUCAUGGCGCAACACCUCGGUCUCGAUGCGAUGAGCGUCGAGGAUGCGUGCUGUUUGGGCCCGCCGUUGUUCAUUUGGCCCCACGAGUGCGAACACGAACAACCCUUGUACAAGGCAGUGAGGGCGUUGGUUGGGAUCGUGAAGAUCACAUCCGCGUGCGAUUCCGAGAGGCGGCCCUCGCUGCCCGCACAGCCGUAG